AUGGGCCCUCUGUUGUCACAGCCACUGUCUGAGCGACAGAAGGCAGUCAAAAGAAUCGGCCUCCACCUCAGUCAGCCCAAACCACUGGAUCAGUGCGACGUGGACGUGGAUAGUGCUUUGGCCAUGAGCAUCUGUGCAUACUCUGACAACCCGCUCCACACUCUCCGACAGCUAAAUGGUCUUCCACACAAGGUUCGACACGUAAAACGUGGUCAGACAAGUGAAAGCUUGAAUCAACAGUGGAUAAUCGGCGCAAAUGCGGACGAAAGCGUGUUCUACAUUGGCUUCAAGGGAACCACGGACGCGACAGAUUGGUGGAAAAACGCACGGUUGACUCAAACGCAUAAGUCCUUGGGCAAGGUACACUCAGGCUUUCUCUCUUGCGCCGAAGAGUUCCCACGGGAAAUCGUUCAGCAGGUGCUAAACGAGAAUAAAAAGGUUGUGGUGACGGGCCACUCCAAAGGAGGAGCCGUGGCCCAAACGCUUUGCAUAUUGUUGCUGGAAGACCUCGUUCACGUGUCACGAGACAAAUUGGUGUCCAAUCUCAGAUGCGUCACAUUUGCAUCACCUCUCGUCGGCGAUGAGCAAAUUGCAAAGUGCAUCAAAGCUCGCUGGGGAGAUAUCUUCUUUCACAUUGUCAAUGACGGGGACAUAGUCCCACUUGUCAUGACGCUCUACCAACAACGCAUUGCUGACGGCCUGAGUUCCGCAGCGCAUAAGUUUGCAGAAUUGUUGAAGGAGCUUGCCAAAGGCACAUCUGUACUGCAGGUUGUUGCGACUCUUGCAGACCACGGCCCACUUCCGGCCAAACUUGCCGCUGCUGCACUCCGAGUGACAUCAAGCGUGCUGCAAGCCGGCGCGCGUGAAAUAGGUCAUCGAGUAUUUCGUGUGAAAUACUAUCCGUUUGGGAGCGUCUACAAACUCAGGGCACGCACAGUAGUUUGUAUAUUACCCACACCCGUGUCCUUUCGCGAGGAAGAUGACGUUGACGGCACUCCCCAUUUCUAUGACGAGGAAAUGAUACCACCAGAACUAAAUCGUACAGAUUCAGGAGGCUUUCCUUCACACAGCCAACUCCUGGCAGCCCACAGUUUGGGCACGUAUGCAGUGCGUUUGAAGUUGCAACCAACUGUCUCAUGCCAGCCCCAACACGCACCCGAUUUUCCGUUCCAGGGAGCUUUUCUUUGCCCAAGAGACAUUCGCGUUCAUCUGGCCGUCCACUCAACUACUCGCCUUGUAGUUGAGCUACAGGGAAAGAAACUGUUCAUGGCACGUGAAAUGAGGCCAACAAGAACAACAGACGGCACUUCUAAGCCAGCCCAAGCUCAGGUGGCUUUUCUCAGUGGCAUCAGCAGUGCACGCUUUGAGUUUCCUUCAGUUGUUCUGGAGCCUGCCAUGGAAGAGUAUGCAUUUUCACUCAUGACAGUCUUGGAUGAGGAAUGUAUUGUGACCAUUCGCCGUCAAGACAUCAGAGAUCACAGAUUGAGCGAAGGCAACAAAUGCCUGCACCCUAUGUUUGACAGACUGACGAGUUCUGAAGUUGUCCACGCUGCGUUGGUCCGCGCACUCCUCAUCUUGUCGUGUCAUCACCGAAAAAAUGCCGCUCAUCUUGAUGCGCAGCAUACUCACGCCGUCAAGCAUACGGUUUCCACGUUGGACUGCAUUUUUGAAACAGCGCAGCUCGCCCCUUUUCUUGACCUUCCCGAAGUGUCGCGUCCUUUUCUUGAAAACGGUGUUCGUCGCUGUAGAUCUGCAAAAGAGUGUACAGAAAGACGAAAUGAAGUUGCUGUGGCGUUUGUUGACUUGCUGGAGACUGCCAUGACUUGCGCUGAAACAAGACGCACCCUCAACAAGACCUCGUUCACUCCAUGGGAGAAAACCGUGUUGACAAGGUUGUACAAGUUUGCGGAAAAGGAGGACGCGUCGCUCAACGUCAUCGAACGAGGGCCUCGAGGUAAAAGUUCAAGCGUGCGUGUGGGUGCGCCAACAGUCAAUCUCUUCCCUGACGGCUCCGAGUUCAUGCCAUCGGAAAUGGCAGACUCAUUGAGGCAGCGCGGCCCAGCUGCGGUGGCGUCAAUCUUACUGCGUGCGCAAACUGCCCUCGCAAUUGUUUCUGCGUCACUCGAACGACGAUCUCUUGACGUGUGGAGCACCAACCUGAAGAUACACAAGCAGGAUGACCUGCAACGUACAACUGCUCAAGUUCAAGAUGCGUUCUCAGAGCUAUAUGCAAGCACAACCCUCAAUUGGUGGAACAAAGUCCACGCGAGCCUGUUUUUCGUGUCGAGGGAUGUGUGGAGAUGGUUUAUGACUCAGUUCACCGUGUCGUCUCUUCGGGAAGUCGCUCAUUUGAUGGCUGGGCUCAAAGACACACAAGGCCAGCCCAUCUCAGAUGAAGGAUUGUGCGUCGAUCUGCUUGGCCUCGAACACCUUUUGACACUUCGUGUUGAGACAGCUGCCGCCAUUUCCGGCCUUCAGAAGCGCGAGCUCUUGUCCAAAAGCUUUGCUCAGUUGCCAUCAGCCCUCAAAAAAGGGGAUCAUCGCAUCCUGAAGUCCAACUUGCAGAAGAACACCGCCAUUGAAAGCUGGGACCUGAUCCGCGCCCAUUGCAUGAUCCAUGAGCUGCGGCUUGGGCUGUCUGGAAGGCUUCACAUUGGCGCUGCUGGCGCAAUGAACCUGGGAAAGUCUUACAUGCUCAAACAGAUCUUUUCUGCGAACACCAAUCCGGGGCCACACGAUCAUCACAGAAAUUCAUCCCUAUCAACCCAUGUGGAGGGUGACAUUGUUCUUCUUGACUUUCCUGGCAUUGACGACACAGGCUCAGUCGUGAGCCACGUCUUUCAAGAUGGCAUUGCUGCAGUGGACCUGCUGAUUCUGAUUGUAGAAGGGACGAAGGUUCGAGCAAAUGCAACGGUCGACGUUCUUCGGGCUGCAUUGCUUCAGUCCUCUGUGCCGGUUCUCAUAUGUCUGCAUCGAGCAGAUCAGUGGAGGGGUGAGCAUAGCUCGCAGGCCGACUUUAUCGCCAGUCUUCAAGAUUCCAAGGACAAGGUCCAAGAUCUGCUUGCACGUGCCAAUAUUCCCUUCGAUACAGAGCGCGUAACUCUCGUGCCCACAUGCUUCACUGUGCAGCAGCCUCAGGAGGAAUUAGCACGAGAUCUGCGAGCUGCCGACGUUUGGGACCUCGUGGAUGUUCGGAAUUGGAUCGCUCAACACUCAACGACGCCGAUUCCAAAUCAAAACUUUUUCAGUUUUAGGUUGCUCUUGACCUCUUGA